UUGGGCUCUUAUCAGCUAGUGUAGUCUCAGUUACCUGUCAAUACAGCACCAGUGUCCAGUCUCAGCUACCUGUCAAGACAGCACCAGUGUCCAGUCUCAGCUACCUGUCCAUACAGCACCAGUGUCCAGUGUCAGCUACCUGUCCAUACAGAUUCCGUACAGUGCCAGACACCAUGCCAAGCUUAAGAUUCCUCGUCCUUCUGCUGGCGGCGGCCGCUGUGUGUGUGUCCCACUCCGCCCCCACAGACAGCAACCAUGACGUCACAACGGUUCCAGCCACACAGACAUCGUAUGCUGAGAUUGUCCAGAACUCCGAAUCUCAAGAUGUUGACGAUGAUGAUGACGAUGAUGAUGAUGUUGAUGUGAACACAGUCAUUGAUGGCGUGCCGGUGAAAUACUUGACGUAUGAUGAGCUGGUCGAUCUGAUCAAUGAUGAGGACAAUUUGGUCAUGUCUGAGUUGGAUAUCGUGGCCAUCAGACAAGUGAUCCAGGCCAGACUAGCCAAAAACAUCACCCCCCAGGGAGGCCGACAGAAGCGUUGGGUCCCCCUGGCCAUGCGCCUGUUUCAGGCGGGUCGCGCGCUGUUCACAGGGUCAAGGGCAGGUCGCGUGACAUCAAGCGGAAGUCGCAUCACCAGACAGUAUGACAGACCAGGCAACUACAACGACGCUGUGAGAGACUUCAACAGAUUCAAUCCACAGAACCAGGGCACGUUCUCUGGACCAAUCAACGGCCGGACCGGCACCGUAGGCAACCACAAGAUCACAGUCCGUGACGGCAGCUCCAACGGUUCUCCCACCCUGGAGAUCAGGUCCCCCAAAGGCGAUGGUACCUUCGUCAGGAAGUUCCGCUACACUGAAUAGUAACAUCAAGAUAUCUUGUGAUUUUAAUCUUUGUAAU